GUCGCUGUAGUAGUCCCGUAUCGCGAUCGAGAAGUUCAUCUUCGUGUCUUCUUGAACAACAUGCAUCAGUUUUUAACCGAGCAGAAGUUGGAUUACUCCAUCAUAGUAGUUGAACAAAUUGCUGGGCAGACAUUCAAUCGCGGCAAGCUUUUAAAUGCUGGUUUUAUUGAAGCAAUGAAUCUCUACGAUUGGCAGUGCGUUUUGCUUACCGAUGUAGAUUUGUUACCAGAGGAUAGAAGAAACUUGCAUGUAUGUCCUACUCAAAAUCCUCAGCAUAUGUCCGUCGCGAUAGACAAAUUCAAUUAUGAAUUGUUUUACGACACACUUUUUGGCGGAAGCACCUUUUUCACUGUCAAUCAGUUUCUUGAUGUGAACGGAUUCUCCAAUCGGUAUUGGGGUUGGGGAGGAGAAGAUGAUGAUCUCUACAAUAGGACUAUAAAAGCAGGAUAUGAAGUGGAACGAUAUAACGCAACUAUUGCCCGAUACACAAUGAUCAUACAUGAUGGAAGCAAGAGUAAUGCUAAGAAUCCGUAA